AUGGCCCAACUGGUCCGUUCUCCUCGUGGUCGCAUUGUGUCCACAACCCAAACACACCUCCGGAUCUCACGCCUCCUGGCUGGACGCCUUCCAGCUGCCCCUGGUUCGCGAUGGAGACCCAUCUGGUUCGGCUUGACGACGACGAGCCUGAACCUGAACUAUCAUUUGACUUUGAUCGAUUUUUGGAGCAGCUUCGACAUAUAUCCGUCUACGCAGUGGCACGAGAGUCCCAGUCGACUCGGCGACGACGUAUUCUUGCUCCGUGCGGCCUUGGAGGAUGUUGAAUACCCAGUCGAGACGGCCCGCCGCGCGUUGACUAGCCAGGCUAUGUACGGCCUUGUACGAACCGCCACAUGCACCGUCUCCCUCAACCCAUGGGUCAUUUCCGGUCUACCAAAGGCGGCAGGCAAAAUUGCAGUGAAGAAGAAGUGGGAGAGCUUCGAGGUUGACAAGAAGUGGUCAGAGUCGCCAUGGGCAAAGAAGAGAAAACAACAGGACACUACACCGCCGAUGACUAGACAGCCAUUCACCACGGUCGAGCACCCGAGCUGCAAAGCAAUGUUUAAUGGUACCGCCGUCGAGGUGCCUCUGAGAGGUGCCGACACUCUUCGUGAUCGCGUCAAGCACGAGUUUGAAGAUUAUCGGCUGGGAUUGAAGCGGGAGCUUGCCGAAACCCGCGACAACAUUGCCAUUGCUCUUGACACAUGGACGUCGGAGCACUAA